AUGUUUUCCACCAAGCUGUUCAGACCAGCGCAGCAGCUGUCCAGUCAUGUUAGACGAUACGCUUCGGAAGCCCCAAAGAGUGGCGGCAGCAACACCAUUCUAUACGCCCUCGGCGGUGCCGGUCUCCUCGGUGGUGGCUACUAUACAUUUGCGGGCGGAAAAAAAGAUCCAGUUGCUGUAGCGAUUGAACGCACUGCGCCAGAGUAUGAAAAUGUCCCUGCGAAGAUGGGAGGACCUCCAGACAAAGUCUUCAUUGGCGGCGAUCAAGGCUUCAUUGGUCUGGUCUUGGAUAAGGUGGAGAAGAUCAACUACAAUACCAGCAAGUUCCGCUUCAAGUUCGAUAACCCGGACGCUGUGAGCGGACUCACAGUCGCUAGCGCACUUGUGACAAAGUACAAAGGAGAGGGGGAUGAGAAGCCAACCAUUCGGCCGUAUACACCAACCAGCGAUGAAGAGGAGAGAGGCUACAUGGAUCUGAUCGUGAAGAAGUACAAGGGCGGCAAGAUGUCUGAGCAUGUUCACGCCAUGGAGCCUGGUCAAACGCUUGAAAUGAAGGGGCCUAUCCCCAAGUACAAUUGGGAGGCUAACAAGCACGACCACAUCGCACUCCUUGCGGGUGGCACCGGAAUCACACCCAUGUACCAACUCGCUCGCCAAAUCUUCAAGAACCCUGCCGAUAAGACAAAGGUCACACUCGUCUUCGGUAACAUCUCUGAGGAGGAUAUCCUACUGAAGAACGAAUUCGAGGAACUAGAAAAGAACUUCCCGGACCGAUUCCGCGCCUUUUAUGUCCUCGACAACCCGCCUGAGAAAUGGCAGGGUGGCAAGGGAUUCAUCAACAAGGAACUCAUCAGCAAGGUUGCUCCAGCAUCGAGCGAAGAGAACGUCAAGCUCUUUGUUUGCGGUCCUCCAGGAUUGGUCAAGGCGAUUGCAGGACCCAAGAAGAGCCCUGCAGAUCAGGGCGAGCUUGCUGGAAUCCUCAAGGAGCUUGGAUAUACCAAAGACCAGGUCUUUAAGUUCUAA